AUGGCGGCUGAGAAAUUAUUAUGGCUGACUAUGAUUUUAAUUCGUUUGUGGUUUGGAGCUGGGGAUCUCUGUUACGCACAGUCAACGCUGGUGGCCUUCCAAGAUCUUCUGCCUGAUGACCCUCGUCUUUACGACAAGAUGAGACCUCCGAAGAAGGACGACCAGCCUACUAUAGUCAACUUCCACGUGACAGUCAUGGGGCUGGACUCGAUCGACGAAAACUCAAUGACUUACGCCGCAGACAUAUUUUUCGCUCAAACGUGGAAAGAUUUCCGGCUCAGGCUACCGGAGAAUAUGACGACAGAAUACAGAUUACUAGAAGUGGACUGGUUGAAACAGAUGUGGCGUCCGGAUUCGUUCUUCAAAAACGCUAAGUCUGUGACAUUUCAAACUAUGACCAUACCUAACCACUACGUGUGGCUGUACAAGGAUAAAACCAUACUUUACAUGGUGAAGUUGACUCUGAAGCUGAGCUGUGCCAUGAACUUCCUCAUCUACCCUCACGACACACAAGAAUGCAAGCUGCAAAUGGAAAGCUUGUCUCACACGACAGAUGACCUGAUCUUCCAGUGGGAUCCUGAAGUUCCAUUGGUGGUUGACGAGAACAUUGAACUUCCACAAUUGGAGCUGGUCCAGAAUAGAACAGCUGACUGCACUCAGGUUUAUUCUACUGGUAAUUUCACAUGUUUGGAGGUCAUCUUUAAACUGAAGCGUCGUCUUGGGUACCACUUGUUCAACACGUACAUACCCACCUGCCUUAUUGUUAUUAUGUCGUGGGUAUCAUUCUGGAUCAAGCCUGACGCAGCGCCAGCUCGUGUGACGCUGGGUGUGACGUCACUCCUCACUCUCUCAACCCAGCACGCCAAGUCUCAAGCACAGCUCCCUCCCGUCUCCUAUCUUAAAGCUGUGGACGCCUUUAUGUCGGUAUGCACUGUUUUCGUCUUCAUGGCGCUGAUGGAGUACUGCCUCGUCAACAUCAUCCUUGAUGAUAGAGGCGGUAAACCUAAGGAACCAGCAGAGGCCGCUAAGGCGCGAAUGAGAGCGGUCAGCAUCGACCGAUUUUCAAGAGUAUUCUUCCCACUUCUGUUCGCAGUGUUAAAUGCAACAUAUUGGAUACAAUUCGCGCAAUACAUCUGA